UGCGCACUUGGAGUUUCGGUGGCUCAGGCGUACGCACUCCAAACUCUCCGUGUAUCUCAUCCUGCAGCACCCAAAACGCGUCGUCUCUCCUCUUCUCUUCGGCGUGGUUCUGUAGGACGGAGAUGUUGACGAUGGAUCCAGUGGUUGCACCGGGAGGAAGGAGCACGGAGGGGAAUUCGAUCAGGUGGGCGCGUUCGCCGAGAAGGAUCUGUACCCAAUUUCCCCACGGUGGACGUGAAGUGGUCUUUGUCCAUCGUGGUCGGCGCGUAGGAAGAUGUGUCCAACCCUAACC